AUGAGUAGUAGUGAUAAAAAUGAAACGGUUUUAGAAAAAGAUUUAACAGAUGUUGUCGAAUCGUCGUCAAAGGAAAAUCAAAAAAUACAAGAAUCGAAUAGUGGUGUUGAUGAUAAUGAUAACAACAACACAUCUACACAUUCAGUUAUUCCUAAAAUAUCAUUAAGGAAACCACAAGAUGAAGACAAACAAACUUUACGGAAAAAAGGAAGAUGA